AGCGAGGAAGAGAGGCAAGUAACCGACAAGGGUACAUGCCAACAGAUUCCAGUCCAGGUUUUUGUCCUCUCCAUAACUGUGAGAACAACUGAUUGGUUCUUCUGUUGUUAACGUGUUUGACUGCUGAAGAGUUCUUCCUCCUGCAGGAGAAAUGACAGCUACGGCACAAGAAAUAAUAAACACAGAUGUUGAUGCUGAAGAGAGAUUGAAUACAGUUAAGGAAGAAACGGAGGCUUCUGACAAAGUCACAGUGAAGAGGCAAAGCUUAUGUUGGGACAGAAAAAAUGGAGCGAGCCAUUUCAGCUUUCAACCAUAUGGGCUUAUCCUUGUCAGUGUAAUAAUAAUCAUCUUCGUUAUUGCCAUCCCCAUUGUCUGGAAAGUCUCAUGUAAAAACUGCGACCAGCUUGUCACUCAAGUGGAACCCCUUGCUCUUUGUGGGCCAGUGUGUCCAGCAGGCUGGAUCGGCUAUGAAAGGAAGUGCUUCUACUUCUCAGAAGGGGAAGGAAACUGGACUUUUGGCCAGAACUUUUGCACUUCCCACAGCUCUACCCUGGCCGUGAUUGAAAGUGAACUAGAAAAGAAAUUCAUCUUGCGUUACAAGGGCACACCUGAUCAUUGGAUAGGCCUCUGGAAAGAAUCAAACCAAGUAUGGAAGUGGGCAGAUGAGACAGAAUUCAACAACACGAUAGAGGUGGGAGGAAAAGGAGGAGAAUGUGCAUUUCUAAGCACUGAUAUUGCCAUUGGCUCUCGUUGCCACAUAACAAGAAAUUGGAUCUGCAACCGCUAUGACACGUAUACAACAAAGAACUCAACAAGAGGAUAAGGGAAACGCGAAUAUAGUAAGCCUUAUGAUAAUAUCACCUGAAAGUCAACUGCAGAGGGAAUGGGAAGAAAAUCUGUAUCUGUUUCAGAGGAUUUGAGUAUGAUUUCUGUGGGUAUUUUUUUUAAAGCACUGAAUGACAUUAGGAAUCUACUGGUGAGGAUUUUGACAGUUAGGGAGAGAGUAUAAGAGGUCACUAUACUGCAUCUUCUUGUUGUAAAAUCGUGCCCAACUCUUCGUGACCCCAUGGACCAGAGCACAUCUGAUUGUCCUUUCAGCAUACCAAAGUUGUGAGAGUUGUGGUUUUCU